AUGGAGAGAAGCCUGACCAUCAGUACCGCUGGCCUCUCCUUGAAGGCUGGCCACCUAAUUCCCAGUGCAGAAGACACCUCCUGGGUCAGUGCUGCCAAAAGAAGCACUGGUGGUUUUGAUGGCCUAAGUUCACAGCUGUAUAUUCACUACACACCAGUUGACUACAAGGUCCACAGCACUCACUUCAUGGAGUCUGCAGAGGUGGAAAACCAUGCUGACUCUCACGCUAGUGAAGAUGGAUAUAUUCACACACAGGACCAUGAGGUUUAUAUAAUAUAUCAUGUGGCCUUAGAGGACCUGAAGGAGCUUGAGAACCAGCUGCUGCUUGUGGCCAGCCAGUACACUGAGAAAGUUAAAAGCAAUGUAGCUUGUGAGCAGUCCAGUGGCUGCAACAUCAUGGCUGGGGACCCAUCUCUGUGGAUCAAUUGGCUGUGCUUCUUGACCUCUGGACCUCUUCUAGAUGUUCUCUAUGAAGCUUACCAGCAUGCUUUGGACCCAGAGGUAAGAUUUGCUUUGGCCCAAGCGAUAACUGACAUCAUGCGUAAGUGUCCAUGGUUUGAUCUCAACCUUGAAUAUUUUGUCAACACCUACAAAGAUGAAUGCAUCUGUUUACAACUUCACCUGAAACUCCAGCUACUGAGGGACAUAGUAAACCAACAAGGAGUGCAUUGGGGCAUUAAUAUUCCAAUGGGUACGGAUUAUUGCACAAUAAUGAUGAAAGUGGGUACUGAGGAAUUUUUGGAGAACAUUUAUUUACUGGAAUUUCACCCUUCUCUUGUUCUGGUGUGCUUGAUCCCCAAAGCUCUUGUGUAUAUCUACCAGGAAUUCUACAAGAUCUGUAUACUAAAAGCAGUCAGUAAAGCAAGCAAUCUAGAAAAGCAAUUAUUUGCUGAGGUACUGAUAGAAAAUGCUGUGCUGGUGCAAGAGAUUGCUUUGUCACUAUUAGAGGUGGGAGCAGGUGAAGGAAUAAAGAUAGGCAGAGAAAACCAGCUGUUUAUCUUGGAUUCCUUCUCCACAGUCCUGGAGCUUCUCACACUCCACCAUUGGCUGCUGGAGGUGGUGACAGAGAGUUUUGGGGAGUUCCAUUUGUACCUGAGGCCUGUGCUCUUCAAAUCUGCAUCUCACAGGGAGAAAGCAGACCACCUCCUACUAGUAUUCAUUCCAUCUCUCUUGGAAGAUGACAGCUGUGUUGACAGGCCUAUUCCAUCUAGCUUACUGUUAAGCAUCCAGGAAAUUGACAGUCAUAUUGGAAAGUUUAGUUUCCAUACAAGAGAUGGUAUUAUGCAGCUCUUGUGUCCAUCUGGAAUAAGAAACAUGCAACUUUUCCUGGCCUGUCAGGUCACUCAGAAAAAUGCUCAUUUGGUGGCUGUUCAGCAAGCCUCCUUUUGUUACUUGGUCCAGCCUCCCUGUACCCUGGACAUAAAG